CUGUCAGAUGGAGAAGGAGCGCGUAUUGAUGCCGGUGCGAUGCUCGGGAAGUGUUUAGUUUGCUUUUCGUUCGCGACUCAUGAUUUCUGACUCUUUCUACGACAGCCCGGGGCGUGACGACAUCAAAGAUUCGCCUCGUCCACCUGCGAACACAAAACCCAAACGACAUCUCUGACUGCGCGAUGAAAUGAACUAGACUAUGCCGUUUAUUAACGCCAUAAACAAGAUAUUUUUUGUUAAGUUAUUUGUUAAGUACUGUUAUUUUUAAAGUGCAAGGAAACGCAAGUUGGGUAUAUUACUGUACAGUACUGUACGCAAUAAUCUUUUAAAUAUAGACGGAUGCUGACAUUGCGCCUUGCGCGUUCAUUGUUGUUUUCCACUGGUCACCAUCGUUACGGGAGGAGCGCAAGACCUCUUGAGCGACGCGCGCGCGAGAAAAUUAUCGCGUAUUGCUUUUCCAGAAGUGUCGACUAUUCCAGAAAAAUGCUUUAAUCGGACUGUGGUCGAAUUGUGUUGCCUCACCAGAGCGUUACGGUCCACGAGUUCUGCGCCCCACAUGUCACGAAGUAAAUUAGUCUGUCACUUUACCGGACAGCGGACCGUUUCUGAGGGGUUACAAAACGUAAACAAACCCUCACGCGCGCGUGGAAAUUGGAAACCGUUCUUUGGAUACCUCUGAUGAAGUGCCCCAGAGCUCGCGCGUCGCCUUGUGGAGCCGCGCGUUGUAGGAGCGCGGCUGGAAGGUCAGUUUGAGCUCGUGACUCUCGGCUGGGCUGAGGCGAGCGCGCAAGGAUGCCGGUGAGACGCGGACACGUCGCGCCGCAGAAUACUUUUCUGGACACGAUCAUCAGGAAAUUCGAGAGUCAAAGCAGAAAAUUCAUCAUAGCCAACGCACGAGUGGAAAACUGCGCUAUUAUCUUCUGUAACGAUGGCUUCUGUCACAUGUGUGGUUACACCAGAGCUGAGAUCAUGCAGAAACCCUGUACAUGCAACUUUCUGUACGGUCCACACACUAAGAGACUGGCUAUCGCUCAGAUGGCACAAGCGCUGCUGGGGUCUGAAGAGAGGAAAGUGGAGAUUGCGCUCUACAGGAAGGACGGCGUGUGUUUCUUGUGUUUGGUGGACGUGGUGCCGGUAAAGAAUGAAGAUGGUGUCGUGAUCAUGUUUAUACUGAAUUUCGAGGUCAUGCCGGACGACAAACUCAAUGAUGCACAGGAUCUCAAUCACAAGCUGCCUCUACUGUGGCGCCAUACAAAUCGCACACGAGGGAUUCGACUCCGCUUGCCUCUCCUAAACUCCCGAAACAACAGUAAAUCUUCUCUCCGUGAGGAUCCUGAGGCCGGCCGGGGAACCGGUUUCCCCACGAGCUCCCGUCCGGAAAGCCACGAAUCUCUCGCCCUGAGUAAUCUGCGCUCUCCUCCAGAACACAAGAGAUCUCGCCCGGCCGCCAACGCGGUGGGCACCCCAUCCUCGCUUCUGCCCGAAGACCAGCGCAACCUCCUGGGCAGUGACCCGGGGUCUCCUCCCCCGGCCCCGCCCCAUCCUACCACCCUGCCCCUUGGUCAUUCGUCACCCCGCCCAAAGCGGCUGAACCCGGACAUCUCGAUGUCCAACUGCAGUCUGGCGAACAGCCGGUCACGCGACAGUUUUCACAGCAUGCGCCGCGCGUCGUCCGUGGACGAUAUCGAGGCCAUGAGGCCCGAAUGGGACCGUAAGCAUCGAGCUCGAGCCACCAGCAGCAGCACGGGUGCCAUGAACAACAGGUCCAACAUCCUGAACUCUACCUCCGAUUCUGAUCUCAUGCGUUACCGCGCCAUCAGUAAAAUCCCUCAGAUAACGCUCAACUUUGUGGACUUUAAACCGGACCCUCUAAUCGCCCUCCCGACCGGAGAGAUGGACAUCAUCGCACCCUGUAAACUUAUUGACCGCACGCACAACGUCACAGAGAAAGUUACCCAGGUGCUGUCGCUGGGUGCAGAUGUUCUUCCCGAGUAUAAGCUUCAGGCUCCUCGCAUACACAAGUGGACGGUCCUUCACUAUAGUCCCUUUAAAGCGGUUUGGGAUUGGCUGAUUCUGUUGCUUGUGAUCUACACGGCCAUCCUCACGCCGUACUCGGCUGCGUUCCUGUUAAACGAUGACCAAGACGUCUCGGUGCAGACCUGCGGCUAUUCCUGCAGUCCACUCAAUGUGGUGGAUCUCAUCGUGGACAUCAUGUUCAUCAUCGACAUCGUCAUCAACUUCCGCACGACGUACGUCAAUGCCAAUGAUGAGGUGGUCAGCCAUCCGCUGCGUAUCGCCGUCCAUUACUUCAAAGGCUGGUUUCUCAUUGACAUGGUGGCCGCCAUCCCCUUCGACCUGCUCAUAUACCGCAACGGUGACGCAGAAGAAGUGAAUGCAGAGACCACCACCCUCAUCGGGCUGCUGAAGACGGCGCGUCUCUUACGACUCGUCCGAGUGGCGCGUAAACUGGACCGUUACUCUGAAUACGGCGCGGCCGUUCUCUUUCUGCUCAUGUGCACCUUCGCGCUCAUCGCUCAUUGGCUGGCUUGUAUCUGGUACGCCAUUGGAAGCGUGGAACGGAACGGUUCUAUUGGCUGGCUCCACUCGCUGGGUGAUCAGUUAGGAAAACAUUACAACUCCAGCAUUCCCGGAUCAGGACCCUCCAUUAAAGAUAAAUAUGUGACGGCUUUAUAUUUCACCUUCAGCAGUCUGACCAGCGUGGGCUUCGGAAAUGUGUCACCAAACACCAACUCGGAAAAGAUCUUCUCUAUAUGUGUCAUGCUUAUAGGAUCGCUCAUGUACGCCAGUAUCUUCGGGAACGUGUCAGCCAUCAUCCAGCGGUUAUAUUCUGGAACGGCUCGAUAUCACACACAGAUGCUGCGAGUGAGAGAAUUCAUCCGUUUCCAUCAGAUUCCCAACCCGCUGCGACAGAGACUGGAGGAAUAUUUCCAACACGCCUGGUCUUACACUAACGGCAUUGACAUGAACGCUGUGCUGAAGGGUUUCCCAGAGUGUCUACAAGCUGAUAUUUGUCUUCAUCUGAACCGAACCCUCCUACAGAACUGUAAAGCGUUUAAAGGAUCCACUAAGGGUUGCCUGCGAGCGCUGGCUAUGAAGUUUAAGACCACUCACGCCCCGCCGGGCGACACGCUGGUACACGCUGGAGACGUUCUCACCGCUCUCUACUUCAUCUCACGCGGAUCCAUCGAGAUCUUACGUGGUGAUGUUGUGGUGGCCAUAUUAGGUAAAAACGAUAUAUUCGGUGAGCCCAUCAAUCUGUACGCACGCCCGGGGAAGUCGAACGCCGAUGUUAGAGCCCUGACGUACUGUGAUCUUCAUAAGAUCCACCGAGAAGAUGUGCUGGAGGUGUUGGACAUGUACCCAGAGUUCUCAGACUUCUUCUGGAGUAACCUUGAGAUCACCUUUAACCUCAGAGAUACAAACAUGAUUCCCGGAUCUCCAAGCAGCGAUGAGUCCGAAUGCACCGGCUUUAACAAACUUCGGAGAAGAAAACUUUCAUUUCGCCGGCGAACAGAAAAAGAUGAUGCGGAUGCUGGAGAGAUCAAGAAGAACCAGAAACUCCUUCGGAGAAACCGGAAACAAGCUGCCUGUAAUAAAAACGAACUUAAGCCGGGUUGGGAGGAGCCUGGAAAUUCAAUCUCCUCCCAUUCCAGCGGUGAGGAGGAGGAGCCUGUGCACACACGCCCCGCCCCUCCCACUGUGUUCAUGGAGUCGUCUCAAAUACAGAGCACUUAUAUGAACUUUAAUGAUGUGAAUGAGGGCGAAGCUGAUCCCAAAACAGGGAACACGUGUAACGCUCUGUCGGGUGCAUUCUCAGGUGUGUCUAAUAUCUUCAGUUUUUGGGGUGACAGUAGGGGCAGACAGUAUCAGGAGUUGCAUCGAUGUAAUCUGUCAUCGCCCCCCGUGCAUCCCAGCACCCCUCUGCACAGCAUCAGUCGACAACAACGCAGUCACAUGGAGAACAGACUGGACCUUCUCCAGAAACAGAUCAGCAGAUUGGAGAGCCGCAUGUCGUCUGAUAUCGGUGCGAUCAUGGCGUUAUUACAGAGACAGAUGACUUUGGUUCCUCCUGCAUACAGCAGCGUGUCGUCUCCACCGCAGGUUGAUCGACUCCUACAGUCUGUAACACCAAUGGAGUCUGACACACUGGCAUCUCUCUCACAGUCGUGUGAAUCUCUGGGCAGCACCACAGAACUUCACAACCCUUCAGAGAGUCCUCUGCUCAGUCCGACUGAAGCUCCUCACGCCGGCUUCUCCAACCUCCAGGACGUUCAGCGCCGCUUCUCCUUACAGGAACCCCAGACAUCGACGGAUUUACGGACAUCGCAGAAGCACGGCUCCGACCCCGGGAGCUAAGGAGAAAACAACGGCAAUCCUCUCGCUUUCCUCUAACACAUCUCAUCUGAGCUUCUCCUCUCAGAGAUACGCUGGAGGUUCUGCUGGAUGUUUUCAAUCACAUCUGAUGAUAAAAGCUGGAGAUGAAGUUUAGUGUCACAGGACACACACACACACAGGCUGUCGUCCAGUAUUGGAUAUCCGUAAACGAAUAAUAAUUAUUAUUACUAAUUUAUCAAGUAGCCAUUAUGUCUUGCACUGAAUUUUUCAGACUCUUAAUCUUUAUGUCUGCUGCGCUUCCAAACAACAAACUGACUGAACUUGUUAGUGUUAGCUGGCCUAACAGAAGAAAAUAAUAAUAACAAUAAUAACCUGAUGUUUUCUGUCUGUCUGUCACUGCCUGUCAUGUCAUUUGCUGUGGAUCCAUGAAGAGGGCGGAGCCUCUGGCCACGCCUGAGCACACUGGAUUGGCUGGAUUGCCCUGGGUCUGGGUGAUUGAUGGGUUGGGGAGUGGGUAUUUAAAACCACCCCAUUGUAAAAUCCCAGUGAGGGAAAUCCAAGCAAGCACUGAGCAAGAAAUGAAAUCCACACGUCAUAUCUAAAGUUCCCACAGAGCUUAUUUUUAUCUCAGUCACAAUAUCUUUACUUCAGCAAUACAGAAUCAUUUCAAUCAAAAUCAAGCAUAGAUUUAACCAAAUACUUUCACUGUAAAAGUUUGUCUUUUACAUUAUAAGCCCAUUUUAUAUUUGAUUUGAUCAAUAUUGGGUAAACUCAAACCUCGACGCUUCAUUAAACCUGAUUUUAGUUUCGUUUUUGAAUGACGUGUGGACUGCUGAAAAAGUAAAUCAUUUUAAAGCGACGUUAUUAAGCAUGUGAUAUUAAACUUACACUUUUAAAUGAACCGUUUAUUUUAUAAUUAUAUUAAAAUGACAGUAAUAUUAUAAAGCGAUCUAAGGGAAGCAUGAUCAUUUAUUAAUUUGAGUUCAUUCUUUGCAGGCGUCCGUACAUGAGAAAGAUGACAAAGAUUGUAUUAUUCUGUCUGUCGAAUUUACAGGUGUGUUUUUAUUUGGAUACCAAAUAUAAUAUUUAAUAUUAAUGAGAGAGUUUAAAGAGGCAGUACAUCUGUAUGUGUAUGUAUGAUGUAUAACAGAUCAAAGCAGCACUACGUUAUAUUUUACCAUCUACCUUUGCGAAUGCUGAAAUUUGCACAUAUUUAUUUCAUGUUUUUGUUUUCAUUCUUGUGCACAGUGAUUGUUUUGCAGUUGUUUAUAAACUCAUGGUUUAAGAUCGGUCACAGGUUUAAUCCUGCUGGUGAACUGGAUGAGUUUUAUAAAUGAAGUUUGUGGUUAUUUUUGGUUGUUAAAAUACUUUAUGUCCCAGAUUAAUGUUGGAUCAUCUUUAACCUCGGUUUGCUAUUCCUGCCAUUACAUGUGAGCUCUUGUGUAAAAACCAUCUGUAAGCCUUUGAGAUCUAAACUCAGGCCCACUGAAAGCAGAAUUAGAUCAGCUAAUUGUUUGUUUAUGAAAUCUUUUGGUUAUUGAUCAGGAUUUCAGCUACGAGUAAGAGAGAGAGAUUCUCUCAGGUCUGCUCAUCGGAUCAAAUCUGAAUUUAUUCUGCAGAUUUUAUAUUAGCUUACCUGUUUCUUCAGACUUUUACCCUCAAAAAGAGACAAAAAGACUGAAUUAAGAAUGCUGUUAAUCAUUUCUGUGUGUCUGAAAUCUAAUUGGUUGAAAGAAAUGUUGUUUCAUGAAUGAAAUUACUGAUCCAUGUUUAUCUUUGUGACAUCACGGUAAGCAUGCGAAAAAAAUGAAAAAGUGAAAAGCUGAGAGCCAACAGCAGGUUAGAGACAUUCAGCACUUUAAACUUUAACCAAAGCCACACACACGACAGAUUUCAGUCAAUGUCAGACAUUUCAGUCAAAAUUUCAAAAAUAAUAUUACAAUAUAUAUUUGAUGAUUUCAGUAUGAAGCCUAUUUUUAGAUCAUUACCAUUAGAUCUGGACACUCCCCCCCAAUUACAGUCACUGUAUUUAUUAUUUAAAUAUACAGAACAAUAUUACUACCAUGAAACUAAACUGCUUAUAAAUAAAAAUAAUAAAAUCAAUAAAGGGGGCAUGUCAUAAAAAAGCAGACUUUUUUCCAUGUUUAAGUGCUAUAAUUGGGUCCCCAGUGCUUCUAUCAACCCAGUAACUUAGUUUUGGUAAACCAUUCACUGCAAACAUGAAAAAAAGCUCAUUAAAAUUUGGCUCCCCUUGUGAUGUCAGAAGGGGAUUCUAUUAUAAUAUUACUGCACUUUAAUCUGCAUUAUCCAAUCACCGCACUGCAAUUAAGUGCAGAGAUCAGCUCAUUUGCAUUUUAAAGAACACAUCUAAAAAUGGCACACUCACACCUACAAAGUGGUCAUUUUACCAUGUUAUAAUAAAAUAUCUGUGGGGUAUUUUGAGCUUAAACUUCACAUAUGUACUCUGGAGACACCAAGGAUGUAUUUACAUCUUUAAAAAUUCUUGUGAAAUGUCCCCUUUAAUGAUAAAUAGGCUUUAUUUUUAUGGAAAUUUCUUUUGGAGUGAAAUAUGAUCUAUGUUCUUGACCAGUUUUGUGAAGUUCAUUGAAUGUUUGAAAACAGACAGAGAAAUCAAACACUGUCCCGACCAGUGUUGGGCUAGUAACUCAAAAAAUUGAAUAUAUUCCUCAUUACUAUUUACUAGUUAGUGAUUAUUUUACUCAUCACUCCCAACAAACAGUAAUAACACUAUUAGCUAUAUUACUUUUCCAUCAAAGUCUGAUGAAACCGUCUAUUGGCAGAAUGAAAAAGAGCAAAGUUCCUGUAUUGAUGAUAUUGUUACAAAGUAACACUUUAAGAAAUGAUGUGUUCAUUGUUAAGUUUUGUGUUAUUCUAUUUAACACGUUUUGGGUUAAAAUAAAUAAAAGGAAUAACAUAAGUUGUGUUAAAACGAUACAAAAUGCGUUGUUGUUCUAAUAAUAACACAGAGAUGUGUAACAAUUGUUUUAAGAGUGUAGAAAUUUUUUUUAGAUGGUAACUGUAAUAUUACAAUUUUUUGCAAUAAUUAGUUACACUAGUUACCAGAGAAAGUAAUAUUAUUAGAGUAAUAUUAUUACUAGUAAUUAGUUACUGCCCAACACUGUCCCGACACUUUCAAUCAGCUUAUAAUUAUGGCAUGGCCCUUACAGAAAAACCACAUGAAUUUCACAUGUAAAAAACACUUGUAAUGUGGUGACAAUUUUUUCCACAUGUUUUUCACGUGUGUUUCACACAAAAAUGUGAAUUUGCACGUGAAAUUAAUGUGACUUUCUGUACGGGUUGUGUGUAAUCCAGGUUAUUUUCUUAAUCUGUGGCAGAGGUGACUACAGCUGACCUGUAUUUCUACCUUGAUAAAACAGAUUAUUGUCUUAAUGUCCAAACAACAAGAUUUUGUGAAUUCAGAGGUGAUUUUUCAGAUCUGCAUGAAUAGAGACGCUCCAGAGACACAGCGUUUUAUUUCUGUGUCUCUCUCUGAAAUCAGUUUGUGUGUAAUAGUUUUGUGUCUCUCUUGUUGUCUGCCUCUAGUGUAAACUUCUGUGUUUGGUGUUUGGCUUUGCACUUUACACACCGGAUCUCACAUUGGUCUAUUUACAGGGAUUUUAAGCCAAGGGCCCUUUAACCAUCACCUAAAGAUGAUGUAAAACAGGCCACACACACACACAAAUCCUUACAGACGACUAGAACAGAAUACCUUUAUUGUCAUUGUACAGCUUUGAUCUGAAAAGUGGCUUUAUUAAGAAGUCUACCAGGAACAUUUCAAUUAAAUGACGUCCUGUAUGUGUACAGAUUUUUCAAGCUUUUGGGUUUUAAUUUAUUUUGGUAACUCGUUUACACUGGAUUGAUAUUUUUCUCCUUCCCAAUUUUACUGUAAAUAAGGAAAUCUUUUAAAUAUAACUGAAUUCUUGGCAUCCCUAUAGCUGACACUAUGCAGAAACGCAUUUCCAUGGCAUGCUCAGAAAUGCUGAAAAAAGAAACUGUAGAGGAAAUAUACAUUUAUGUUUGACUUUUCUUUUUUUUAUAAUCAUGUGAAUAACUCUGCUAAUAAUGAUGUAAUGAUAUGAAUUCUUCUAUAUUAUAUAUAAAUAUAUAUACAGUACCAUGAUAUUAUGAUAAUAACAAAGAUAAAUGAACACAUUUGAUCUGCAUGCUGCACUGAGGUUUUCCAGCGGUAAGAGAUUGCAGAUGAAUUAGUGAAUGUGUAGACUGAUGCACUGUUUAUAUCACAGCUCAUUUAAUCUUCUUCCAGAUUGUGAAGACUGGACAUUGUGACACUAAACUCUGUACACUUUUAAAAAAUAAAGGUGCUUCACGAUGCUAUAGAUGAAUCAUUUAUUGCUACAUGGUUCCAUAAAAUACUUUAAACAUCUGAAGAAACUUUCGGUUUCACAAAAGGAUCUUUGUGAUGAGUAAAGCUUCUUCAGAUUAUAAAAAGGUAAAGACAAAAUGAAGAAAGUUUGACUGAACGGCUCUUUGAGGAACAAAAAAUGCUCCUUUCAUGGCAUCGCUGUUAAGCACCUUUAUUUUUAAAAGCGUACUCUUCUUACAUUACUGAGGUCUGGAUUUAUGAAUGUCUGACUGAUCUCUGAUGAUCUCAGUGUGAAUUCUUACAGGUUUCAGAAAUUCCAGAUGUUGAUUGUGUGCUAGCAUUAUAAACCACUGACUUUAUAAAAUUUUAAAUAUUUAUUUCAAUAAACCGCUUUGAAAAUGACUAAA